UGUUGGUUAAGUAAGUUAUGAUAGACAUGAUGUUGGAGCAUGUAUUCUAACAAUCCCACAUUUCUUUGUCUCAGGCGUUUUAGGGAUGUUGUCUCUAUAUAACUGUUGGCAUAGAAGAUUCAGUGACCAAAUUUCUUGAAAGUCAGAGUGGCUGCCUCACAACAAUUUAAUAAUUGAGUGCAGCUAUUUGCAACGAGGGCAGCCUUCAAAAAUAAAAAAAAUGAUCACUACAUCUUGUAGACAAAAAAUGUGGCACGAAGUGCAUAUUAUUCUAUUGUUCAGUAGGUUAUCAUGAUAUUGUUGAUAGUAACUGAUAUGGUCAGAAAAAUAAGUUAGUGUCUGUGAUUGUUUAAAUAAUAUUAAGUACCACUGGGCAGCAGGAAGUGAAAAGAUAUAAGAAUCUCUUAGACUGUGUGCAAGCUCUCUGAAGACUGGACAACAGCUGGACCUCUUCCUAGCCUCCCCCCCCCCUUUCACUUCCCCACCCCACUGAGAGCUUGUUUGCAGGCUAAUAAGCUCCACAGCAGUUUUCACAUAAAGUGCUGUACUUUCUCCUCAAGAAGGAAGGUCUCUGGAUUGUCAUUAAGAAAGAAAGGUUCUGAACAGAAGCUAAACAGGGGAAAGAAAAGCAAGAAUUAACAUGCAAUGUAAUCUUAAAAAAUCUUUUUCAGUGUCCUUGCUAUGCAUCAACUGACAGAACAUGCUGACUGUGUUCUUCCAAUAGAAAAUCAGGUACAAGCAAUAAAAAAUGCCUUUCUUACAAAUAAAAUAUUGUUUAAUUUAUUAUUUUUCACACACAGUCAAAGCUGUUGUAAGAAACCACCUUGGAAAUUCGAAAAAGUGGUCAUAACCACGACUGGCUGCUUAUCAGAAUGAUCCCUCGUAAGUGACCACAUAUGGGAGCAGUCGUUUACGAGAGCUUUUCAUUACAAUGCUUAAGUCACAGUUCAAAUAGGGGUCACAAAGGUGGUUUUAACGAGAGCUGGUUGCUUAUGAGAGUGGUCGCAAAGAGAGUUUUGACCUUGACAGUGUAUUAUGUUAAUGAAACAUUAUAGAAACUUAAGCUGGGAUUCUGUGCCAUGGGGGAUAAGAGGCUUCAAAUGGCGUUGGAGAAAUAUCUUUGAAAAACUCGAAACUUUACAAAGUAUGUAUGAGCUACACUGUAAUUAACGUUUUUACUACCUGGCAAUUUCACAGUUUUUGAUAGUUGCUAUUUCCUUUGUUAUUGCUUGUAAAGAGCUGAAAUUUGCGCAAAUUGCUUAAAUUGACCAACUCUUUCAACUUUUGAAUUUUAAUUUGUGGUGAUGGUGACGGUGACACCUUCCAGGGGUUAACCCAAUGCUAAUGAGCAAAAAUGUAAACAAUGAUGCAGCGUGCAAAGAAAGUCGUGUCCAAUAGCCCAGCGCUAGUGGAUUUUGCUAUCGGGCUAGUGAUUUUUGUUCUUAACUUGCCCGACGGGCAAGUACUGUCUCUUGGGGAAAUUCAAAUUACAGAAGGAUUGUAAUCAAUCCUGCUAAUCAAAAAGGAUUUCGGGGCUAGUUGAAAUGACUUUUGGGCUAGUACAUGCUAGCUACAGCUUGCCCGAAUGGCAGGCUGUGAAACGGACUUUCUUUGCACCCUGAUGAUGUCAGCAAAGAUUGCCCAUAACUGAAGCUACAGAGAUGAUCCAGAUGAUUAACCCAGGCUUAAAACAGAGUUUGUUGUCCUGUGUAAGGAAGGUCGACGUUCCCUCUCUGUCAUAACCCAUUCACACCAGAAACAUUUUUGCAGAUCCAUAUUUCUUGCACACUUGUAAUAGGGACCUUACGAUCUGACAAGGGAGACAUCCAUGAAUUUGUCAUAAUGAUUGAAAAAUAGGCUUCGCAUCCUCUCAAACUUUUUCGCAAUAAUUGCCAAGUCGCCCAGUUAUUUAAAAGAAGGAAAUUUAUGUUGGAGCUAAAGAGAGGGGACUGCACAAUAGUUCAGACAGGAAUGGUAGAAUUUAUUGCCUUGCCAUUCCUGUUCUCAAGUAAACUUAAAACUUGAAUAUUUCACAUCAUAGUUGUUCAGGGAUGGCCAAGAAGUGUACAAAAAAGCGUGAUGCUAUUGCAGAGCUGUUGUUUUGCUCAUUAAGCCCAUUGCCCUUUUGACGUUCCUGUGGCUGUUGCCAUCAUAGUUUUAUAAGGUCCCUGUUGUCCCAAAGUUUGCAAAAUUUAUGCCCAACAUGCCUGAUUUCUGGCUAAAAAUGUAGCAUUUGUUUGAAGUGGCAUUUCUGGCCAACCACCCAUGGGGGUUGCAUUGAAUGAGAUAAGGGCAGUAAUUUUGUCACCAAAUUCCUGGUGGUAAAUGGUCAAGCAGCACAACCACGCCCAGACUUGGGGUCAAGUACAGUAAAAACCCAUGACUAAGAACCUGCUUUUUCCCAAGUAAGACUAAACAGGUUUUUACAUAAAUGGUAACUAGCACCAAUUUAGGCUGUUAAUUUUAGGUUCGUAAAUACGUUCUUAGGUUCAGUAGUCACAUAUUGAAUAGGUGUUCAUACUAUACUGGAUAUAGCUUUUCGUAUAUGCAUGAGAACGUGUCCAGUUAGCAUGAGCACAGCCUUAGUUAUAUUAUGAUCAUUAAUCAGGCUUCUUUGAUUAUGUUGUUUUCAGGCAUUAGUGGACAUCUGCAACAAAGUUUCCAGUGCUCUUCCACCUUCCAAGACUGGAAAAAAGGUAUUUCCUUCAUCAAGCAGCCAACGUGUCAAACCCAACAGUACUGUUACAUCAGGUGAAGGUGGUGUUGGCAGAGGACCCGAAAAGCCUUUUGACAACAUGAACAACAUAGCUGCCAAUCUUAUUUUGAACAUGACAAGUUCUGCACGAUUUGAAGGCUCUUUGAAUGUGGAUUUGAAUGAAAUCACCAUGAAUUUAGUGCCGUUUCCAAAGAUCCAUUAUCUUGUUUCUAGCCUUACACCACUCUUUUCUCUCACAGAUGUCCGUCUCCCUCCCAGGAGACUUGAUCAAAUGUUCUCGGAUGCUUUUUCCAAAGAUCAUCAACUCAUCAAAGCUGACCCUAAACACAGCUUGUACCUGGCAUGUGCUUUGAUGUUGAGGGGCAACGUAGAAAUUUCUGACAUUCGAAGGAACAUUGAACGACUGAAACCUUCAUUACACUUUAUUCACUGGAAUCAAGAAGGGUGGAAAACAGGUUUAUGCUCUGUGGCACCUGUAGGUAACCCUUACUCCCUUUUAGCACUUGCAAACAACACAUGCAUCAGACACACAUUUCAGGAUCUUAAAGACCGUUUUAUGAAGCUGUACAAGCGCAAAGCUCACGUGCAUCAUUACACCCAUGUUGAUGGCUUGGAGGUGGCACAGUUUGAUAGCAGUUUAGAGUCACUGAACUCUCUAAUUAGUGAAUAUACCACUCUGGAAGCUCACAUGGGAAGAACUGUAGAUGAUAUUCAAAGACUGACAAUUGCUUGAG